AUGGCCCCCGAGGUGGUGAACCGGCGAGGACACACACACAGCGCCGACUGGUGGUCGUACGGCGUGCUCAUGUUCGAGAUGCUGACAGGAACGCUGCCGUUUCAAGGAAAAGACCGGAAAGAGACGAUGACCAUGAUCCUCAAAGCCAAGUUAGGAAUGCCUCAGUUUUUGAGUUCAGAAGCUCAGAGUCUCCUCAGGAACCUUUUCAAACGCAACCCUGGAAACAGAUUAGGAGCUGGACCAGACAGCGUUGAAGAGAUAAAGAGACAUCACUUCUUCAGCACCAUCGACUGGAACAAACUCUUCCGCAGAGAGAUCCCUCCGCCCUUCAAACCUGCUGCAGGUCGACCUGACGACACUUUCUAUUUCGAUCCAGAGUUCACAGCUAAAACACCCCGAGACUCUCCGGGGGUCCCUCCCAGCGCCAACGCCCAUCAGCUGUUCAGAGGCUUCAGUUUUGUGGCAAUAACAGAAGAGGACACACAACCACUACCUAGCAAUAUUGUACAGCAGCUGCACAGAAGCACGUCUCAGUUUUCAGACGCCUACGAGAUAAAAGAGGACAUCGGUGUGGGCUCGUACUCCAUCUGCAAACGUGCCGUGCACAAAGGCACCGGCAUGGAGUACGCAGUGAAGAUCAUUAAUAAGGCGAAAAGAGACCCGACGGAGGAGGUGGAGAUCCUGCUGAGAUACGGUCAACAUCCCAACAUCAUCACACUCAAAGAUGUGUACGACGACGGCCGCUCGGUGUUCCUGGUGACGGAGCUGAUGAAAGGAGGCGAGCUGCUCGAUAAAAUCCUCCGGCAGAAGUUUUUCUCAGAGAGAGAAGCCAGCGCCGUCCUGUACACCAUCACCAAGACGCUCGAGUACCUGCAUGUGCAGGGGGUGGUGCACAGAGACCUGAAGCCCAGUAACAUCCUGUACGUGGACGAGAGCGGGAACGCCGAGUCCAUCAGGAUCUGCGACUUCGGAUUCGCCAAACAGCUGCGAGCGGAGAACGGUCUUCUGAUGACGCCGUGCUACACCGCAAACUUCGUCGCUCCUGAGGUUUUGAAGAAGCAGGGUUAUGAUGCAGCCUGUGACAUCUGGAGUCUGGGAGUCCUGCUCUACACCAUGCUAACAGGGUUCACGCCCUUUGCUAACGGUCCCGAGGACACGCCGGAGGAGAUUUUGGCUCGAAUCGGAAGCGGGAAGUUCUCCCUCACUGGAGGAUACUGGAACUCUGUCUCUGCUGAGGCUAAGGACCUGGUUUCUAAGAUGCUGCACGUGGACCCUCACCGACGGCUGACAGCGGGUCAGGUGCUGCGACACCCCUGGGUGACUCACCGGGACCAGCUGCCCAAAUACACCCUGAACAGACAGGACGCCCCACACCUGGUCAAGGGUGCGAUGGCAGCGACGUACUCGGCUCUGAACAGGAACGUCCCCCCGGUGCUGGAGCCGGUGGGCUGCUCCACCCUGGCCCAGAGGAGGGGGAUGAAGAAGAUCACCUCCACCGCUCUGUGA